AUGAGAGAUGAACAACUUCAACUACCCCAUAACUAUUCCAUGGGAGGAAAAAAACUACCCGGGUUGUGAUCGGACAUUGAAAGAUUACCCGUCGCCAGGCAAAGGCCCUGGAACAAAGUGAAACCACUUAGGAUUGACUAAUUUAUCUGGCCUGCAUCAUCGAUUUUGAUUCCAAAUGAUUUUGAUGUGGGUUGACAUGAUGUCGGGUUCCUAAUCUCCCAUUUUGUUUGAACCUUGGAGGUGGAAAGGAUAAUGGUUCACAGGGGGGUUAGUUUACUCGAUAUUUAUGUGGUUCUAAUGUUUCCGUAUCAUCAUCCUUCAUUGGAUAAUAUACAAAUAAAAAAGACAAGAAAAUCCCAAACUUGGUGCGGGCUUUGCUUUAGUGACACGUAAGUUAAUCUGGGAAAGAGGCUGAGAGGGAAACCUGAAAAUUGGAGAGACAAGCUCCGUGGAGUUUCAAUUCCAUGGACUCUUUUAUGCUUCAGCAUCCCUUAGUUCCUCAUAUUUUCAUUCGCUCAAGAUAUCCACGCUCCUUCGCCACUACUCAGAAUCUGGGACUCGUUCCAAGUAGAAACAAGUGCUUGAAAUUGAAUUGUGGAACUGGAAGUGGAGGUGGAAGCUGGUUUGAUGGAGUUUCUCUUGAUGGUUAUGAAAAUGGAGCAGUCCCAGGUGCUCUUAAAGAGUCAGCUGUGGCACCUUUCCGGACAUUAAAUGCUGAAAUUACUCCUGAAACAAUUGAUUUUUUUGUUAGUGAUGCCGAGGGCGAUCCUGAUUGCCCAUCGAAGGGUUUCUCCUCGAUUGAUCAGGCUCUCAACGCUCUUCGUCAAGGAAAGUUUGUGAUUGUGGUAGAGGAUGAAAAUGUGGAUGUCGAAGGCAACCUUGUCAUGGCAGCAUCUCUUGCAAGUGCUCAGGAAAUAGCAUUUUUGAUCAAGCAUGGCUCAGGAAUUGUGUCUGUAGGUAUGAAAGAAAAUGAUUUGGAAAGGUUGAAGCUUCCUCUCAUGUCUCCUGACAGUGAAGAUGAAGACUCCUCUGCUCCAACUUUCACAGUCACAGUGGACGUAAAAGCUGGUGUAUCAACUGGAGUUUCUGCUUCAGACAGAGCAAAGACAGUUCUUGCUUUUUCAUCACCUGGUUCUAAGCCAGAAGAUUUCAGGAGGCCAGGCCAUGUGUUUCCCCUUAAAUACCGAAAUGGUGGGGUGCUAAAAAGAGUUGGCCAUACUGAGGCUUCUGUAGAUUUGCUCAUAUUGGCUGACUUGGAGCCUGUAUCUGUUCUUUCAGCUGUCAUUGAUGCAGACGAUGGUUUUAUGGCACGCUUACCUGCUUUAAGAAAGUUAUCCUUGGAGCAUGGCUUGCCAAUUAUCUCAAUCACUGAUCUAAUCAGGUAUAGAAGAAAGAGGGAGAGACUGGUAGAAAGAACGGCUGUUUCCCGUUUACCAACCAAGUGGGGUCUGUUUCAGGUUUACUCUUACCAGUCAAAGUUGGAUGGAACAGAGCACAUUGCUGUUGUAAAGGGAACUAUUGGUGAUGGACAAGAUGUUCUUGUAAGAGUUCACUCAGAAUGUCUGACUGGGGACAUAUUUGGCUCGGCUCGAUGUGAUUGUGGCAACCAAUUAGCCUUGGCAAUGCAGUUGAUAGAACAGGCAGGUCGAGGAGUGGUCAUCUACCUCCGUGGACAUGAAGGAAGAGGAAUUGGUUUGGGUCGCAAACUUCAGGCCUACAAUUUGCAGGAUCAAGGGCAUGAUACAGUUGAAGCUAAUCUAGAACUUGGAUUAGCCGUUGAUGCCCGUGAAUAUGGGAUUGGAGCCCAAAUCUUGAGGGACAUUGGAGUGCGUACUAUGCGCUUAAUGACAAACAACCCAGCCAAGUUCACAGGGCUCAAGGGUUAUGGUUUGGCUGUUGUUGGUAGGGUUCCUGUCUUUUCUCCCAUUACAGAGGAAAACAAGAGAUACCUAGAAACAAAGCGAACAAAAUUAGGCCAUGUCUAUGGGUCUGAUUUACCUUCUACAGAUUCAUCGACCGCAAUGUAAAUAACAAGCUCCACAAAAUGAAGCAUUACAGAUUUAUUGGUUAUUUCUCAUAGUACACUGAAGAACUACUUACUUUAUACCAUACAAGAGUUGAAUGUCAAACUAUGAAGAGGACCGUGUGCUGGUUGAUUAUAGAUGGGUGCAUGCUUUCUGUUCACAUUAUGGAUUGAUUCACAAUGAACAUCACCUUCCGGCUUA